GGCGGUUUCUCCUCCCUCCUCUGCACUCGGCCUUUCCUCCGGAGAUCUGGUUCUUCUACAGACUGCGUACGGCUUUCAGAUGGCCGCGGCUUCACUUCAUGUAUGUGCAGCGAUUUCUCUGUCCUCCUGGGAACUUGUAUUCAGCACUUUUGUUCCUGCUGCUGUAGGAAUGCUUUCUCUGUGGAGGCCGGCUGGUUGGUUCCAUCCCCUCUGCUGGGUGGAGAUAUCUGGGAUGGCCGAUUAACCCAUGCUCUGCCACUGUCCUGCAGCUGAUGCAAACCCACACUCUUCAGCAAUAAGUACAUGCAAUAAAAGUCUCAUUUUCUGGGGGUUUGGUGAUUACUAUAGCCAGAAUUAUAGGCACAAAGGAGAUUUUGAUAUCGUCCCAGGUCCAGGAUGAGCUUUAUAACCUCCAGCGAUGGUGAUGAGACCCGGCAGUUCUACCAGCAGCUCCGUCAGCGUGAAGAUCACUUCCUGAGGAUGACAUAUGAAUAUUUCCAGGAUGAUCUGCUCCACAUUGUGGAGAACAUGAGUCUUCUACCACUUCUGAGUGAGCUACAGUCCCGAAAUCUCCCGGAUACUGAGAAAUACCAGAGUCUAGAACAUGAUAGAAGAAGAUUGGCGCGGACUUUACUACAGGAUAUAGGUCACCUAGGAAGAGAAGCUGUGAUAGGACUGUGGGUCAGUCUGUAUGUAUUACGGAGACAUCAUGGUUCCCCCGGCCUGCGCGCUGUACUGGAGGAACUCCGUCAUAGAGGUGACACUCUGGUGGAGCAAAUCCUGCUGGAUGAACAUGGACACCAAAUGUCCCCACAACUCAAAGAUUUCCAGAUCCGUCACAAGAAACAUUUACAUGAAAGAACUGAGAAACUUCUAGAGAACAAACCUCCAAGAUGCGACCAGCGAGAGGAGAGUUUUCCAUUCUGUACACGUUAUGUCAACCUCAUCAUUGUCUCCACUGAUCACUUCAGAGAACGCUCAGAGAAUGAGCUCAUAAAGACCGGGGUAAUACAUGAGGAAUACUUAAAGAGAAAACAAUAUGAACUACAACACAUUUCCUGCAACAAACUGUUCCGCUGGUGCCACCGAUCCAAACAAGUGCCACGUAUGGUAAUGGUGAGCGGAGUGCCUGGUGUAGGGAAGACCACACUGAUGCAGAAGGUUGUCUAUGACUGGGUGAAGGGGGAUCUCUAUCAAAGAUUCUCCUUUGUCUUUUUCUUCAAAUUCCGAGAACUCAACAGACUGGAUAAAGUUAGUCUGGACAGUCUAAUCCUUCAUCAGUACCCAUACCUGGAGGAGCAGCUUAGUAACAUCUUACAGGAACCUGAAAAACUUCUCUUUAUAUUUGAUGGUUUAGAUGAAAGUCUUCAUAACAUGGAUUUCUCAUCACGUCACUUGUGCUCUAAUCCUUAUGAGCCUGAACCUUGUGGUCAGAUUGUGGUUAGUUUGGUGAGAAAGUCUCUUCUUGAUGGUUGUUCUGUCCUAAUGACCAGUCGCCCAACCAGACUGGCAUCAAUUGAUUGUAGAGUUUUCCAGAGAAUAGUAGAAAUCACUGGGUUUUUACCGGAAGAACGACAGAUGUACUUUCAAAACUUCUUCUCCAACCCUGAGCUGGGGGAAAAGGCUUUUAAUUAUGUGAAGCAGAAUGACACCCUGUACACCUUCUGUUAUAUCCCGUCCUACUGCUGGAUCAUCUGUACUGUAUUAUCCAAGAGCUUCCAGCCAACAAGUAGUGAUCAGUCGGUGUCAUUAUUACCCAAAACCGUCACCCAGCUGUUUGCGAUAUUUGUCGCCAACAUCCUGUUCAAUCACAGCCUGGACAAAAGUGACGCUCAGAAGAUCCUGCAGUCCAUCGGAUGGAUGGCAGAACAUGGGGUCAUGAAUCAUAGGCUUAUCUUUGAUGAACAAGAUCUGGACUGUUUCCAUGUGGACAAUACGUCAAAGCUAUUAUCAAGUUUUCUGAUGGAAUCGGAGGAACCUGUGUCCUAUUCCUUCUUACAUCUCACUGUUCAGGAAUUCUUCUCUGCCUUGGUGCAUUAUGUGGAUUAUUCUCCCGAGAAGUUACAGAAAUCACUAAAAGAUGCCAAAUCCUAUCCUGAUGGACGAGGUGAGAUGUUCCUCCGUUUCCUGUGUGGUCUAUCAGACGGCUCCACCAGGUCAAUGCUAACUGGAUACCUGGACAGACAAGCAACUCAGACAUCUAUAGAUGUCAUCACUUGGCUAAAGAGCUUCAUUCUAGAAGAAAAGAGGGAGCAGGAAAAUGAAACCAGCAAGCGUCGUCUUCUAAGUACAUUUUUCUAUCUGUAUGAAUCCCGGAAUAAGGCUCUGGUGCUGGAAUCACUACAAUCACACAGAAGUCUGGACUUUUCUGAUGUUCGUAUGUCGGCUCUAGACUGCACAGUGUUAGCGUUUAUUCUGGGCACCUGCACAAAUAUAGAAGAACUCAAUCUACAGGGAUGUUCCUUAGACUUUGAAGGAUUAGAAAGACUUGCUCCAGGAUUACAGAACCUGCAGAAUCUGAGAUUGGCUGAUAAUCGUCUACCAGACACUUCCUGCAUCCAGUUGGCAUCUGUAAUAAGGAAUAACCAGUCCCUGAAGAUACUGGACCUGUCUUAUAACCGUCUGUCUGGUCCUCACUUCGGUGACUUGAUGGAGGCUCUGUCCAGUCCGGCCUGCAGGAUAGAGACAUUACAAUUGGAUGGUACUGGUCUACCAGACACUUCCUGCAUCCAGUUGGCAUCUGUAAUAAGGAAUAACCAGUCCCUGAAGAUACUGGACCUGUCUGGUAACAGUCUGUCUGGUCCUCACUUCGGUGACUUGAUGGCGGCUCUGUCCAGUCCGGCCUGCAGGAUAGAGACAUUAGGAUUGGGUGAUAAUGAUCUACGAGACACUUCCUGCAUCCAGUUGGCAUCUGUAAUAAGGAAUAACCAGUCCCUGAAGAUACUGGACCUGACUGGUAACCGUCUGUCUGGUCCUCACUUCAGUGACUUGACGGAGGCUCUGUCCAGUCCGGCCUGCAGGAUAGAGACAUUACAAUUGGGUGAUAAUGAUCUACCAGACACUUCCUGCAUCCAGUUGGCAUCUGUAAUAAGGAAUAACCAGUCCCUGAAGAUACUGGACCUGUCUGGUAACCGUCUGUCUGGUCCUCACUUCGGUGACUUGAUGGAGGCUCUGUCCAGUCCGGCCUGCAGGAUAGAGACAUUACAAUUGGGUGAUAAUGAUCUACCAGACACUUCCUGCAUCCAGUUGGCAUCUGUAAUAAGGAAUAACCAGUCCCUGAAGAUACUGGACCUGUCUGGUAACCGUCUGUCUGGUCCUCACUUCGGUGACUUGAUGGAGGCUCUGUCCAGUCCGGCCUGCAGGAUAGAGACAUUACAAUUGGGUGGUAAUGAUCUACCAGACACUUCCUGCAUCCAGUUGGCAUCUGUAAUAAGGAAUAACCAGUCCCUGAAGAUACUGGACCUGACUUAUAACCCUCUGUCUGGUCCUCACUUCGGUGACUUGAUGGCGGCUCUGUCCAGUCCGGCCUGCAGGAUAGAGACAUUACUAUUGGCUGAUAAUCGUCUACCAGACACUUCCUGCAUCCAGUUGGCAUCUGUAAUAAGGAAUAACCGGUCCCUGAAGACACUGGACCUGUCUGGUAACCGUCUGUCUGGUCCUCACUUCGGUGACUUGAUGGCGGCUCUGUCCAGUCCGGCCUGCAGGAUAGAGACAUUACAAUUGGGUGAUAAUGAUCUACCAGACACUUCCUGCAUCCAGUUGGCAUCUGUAAUAAGGAAUAACCAGUCCCUGAAGAUACUGGACCUGUCUCAUAACCGUCUGUCUGGUCCUCACUUCAGUGACUUGAUGGAGGCUCUGUCCAGUCCGGCCGGCAGGAUAGAGACAUUACAUCUGACGUACAUUGGAUUAUCUGAAGAGGAGAAGGAAGCCAUAAGAAAACUGGAAAAGCAGAAACCAAAUAUGGAGAUCUCUUACUGAACUGAGAAGAAGCCGAUUCCUCUCUGUGAUGAGCAGAUAACAGGACUUUGGUGGAGAAGACUUUUUCAGAAGUCUGGUAUUAGGAGCGUCUCCUGGUGCUUUAUGGGUAAUAUCACUGAUCUACAGAAGAUAAGGAAAUGUCUACUAUUAUAAUAAACAUGAUACCAGAAAUGUUCUUCCCUAACUAAUUAUAUGUCUAGUAAUUAAAUCCCUUCAUAAUGAGUCCAAAUCCAGGCCUAUGGGAUGUAGCAGCAUCUCCUGAAGGUCAUGUACGUUGUCAGCAAUAUACCGGUUGUCAGACCGGAGGAGGCCUCACAUUGCACACAGUGUAAAUAACAAAUCACACAAACUGUUAUUUCAGUUUCUAUGUUAACUUUUACUUGAUGCGACUCACGGACAAACCAGUGUUCACAUGAUCUGUCUCCCGAUCACCAGGACCAAUAGAAGUGACAUGGCGGUGUGCGGUAUUUUACUGUACAUACACAGUUCGAGUGCUGUGUAAAAUGCAAAAGAAGACAAAGGGUAUAAAAUGGUCCUAAAUGGACUCCUCUUGAGAGGACGCCCAGCUGCCAGCCUACACAUCAACUACAGUAAGGAACCUAUCUAGAUCCACCAUCUCCAUCUGUGUAAUACGCUCCAUCUGUUUUAUCCCGUAAAAUCCAUACACAGAUCAGACCUACAGCUGUGAGCCACCUUGGAGGUCAUCUUGGUAAUGUUCUUGUAACCAGCUCCAAGACAGACCUGAGUGAUGUGACACCAGGGAACUUCAUUAUAAAGUUGUUGUAUCGAUAGGGGCGCGGCUAACUGCCGGCAUGUCUGGAUGUGCUUGAGAACGGCUCCGGCUCCCAUUUCACAUCCUUCACCAUCCUGGCACCCAUCCUUCAGUCACCAUAGCGUGGACGGUGCCAAAGAGAAGGAGGAAGCCUCGCAGCCAAGUCAUGAGUCCCAAUAAGGCCCAGGCAGCGGCAGAAAAGCUGAAAGAGUUCACCAGGCAGGAGACCCAACAUGGCGCCACUUUCUCUGCCACACCACGUUCCUCCGUUACAUGCGGGCAACAUACAGCGCAACAGAUUGCAGCAGAGAAGCCAGAGGAACCUGAAUUUACUUUAAAAACAGCCUAUGAGCAGCUCCUGGUCACCAUUACCUCCUGCCAGACCUCACUCACGGGCAAAAUUGAGGAGGUGAGAGUGGACUUGGGGCUACUACGCCAUGAUGUGCAAUAACUCAGAGACAGAGUUUGCCACACAGAGGAUUGAAUCUCAGUCUUAGAAGACUUAACCCACCCUCUGUCUGAAAGAGUGCAGACCAUGGAGACAGCGGUGGACCUUUGGAGGCAAAAUUGUGAUGAUUUAUAAAACCAGGCUCAUUGGAAUAAUGUCAGAAUCCUGAGUAUGCCUGAGAGGGCUGAGGGCCCAGGCCUGUCGUCUUUUCUAGAGAACUAGUUCAAGUCUAUAUUUCCUGGAGCCUCCUCCAUGGCCUAUGUGGUGGAAAGUGCCCACAGGGUCCCUGCCAAACCCCCACCCCCGGCAGCCCCUCCCAGACCGCUUCUAGCCAUUUGCUGAACUGGAAAGAUCAAGACCUCGUCCUAAGUUUGGCUAGGAAUACACCAAACAUAUCAUUUGAAAAUGUGACUAUAUCACUUUUUCACGACUUCUCUGCGGAACCUCAGAAAGAGCGCCAACGUAUCCAUAAAGAGGCGACUACGAGAGCUUAGCUUACCAUAUUCCAUGGCAUAUCCUGCUCUCCUGUGAGUGGUGGAUGGCGGGAAAGCACUCUUCUUCACUGAUCCUCGAGAGGCAGAGGAGUGCCAGAUGUCCAAGAAACCCCCCACAACCGUGAGCGUUACAGCGGUGCCGUGAGUCUCUACUUCUUUCCUACGCAGGCUACUCCUUUUGUAGUGACCUGCUGCUCCCCUCAGCCUGUAUAUUGGACUAUAGCAAUUAUAUUCUCUUUUAGUUCUACCCAAUAAUUGUAUGUUUAGCUAUAGGAUACUCAUGUUGGGGACCUGUUGACGAGGCAAGAGAUGUUUCUCACCGACCACUGAAAUAGUUAAUGUUAAGUGCACUGUGAUUUUAUUCUGGGAAACCGGUCUGAAACCUGCAUAGCUAUUCCACCUUAUUUCACUAUGCAGGUCCCCGACCUUACAGCCACAGACGAGAUUUAUAUAAGUAUAACACAGUUUAUAUGGUUUUGGUUUACUAUGUUUUUUCAUAGGUUAUUGCUUUUCUUUAUUUUUACGGUAUCCCACAAUUAUGUACUGGGCAACACACGUCUAAUAUAUCAACAGGGAAGGUGGAGUUUACAGAGAGCUCGAUCUUUUUCUAUGGGUUUAAUGACUCCUACACCUAUUGUACUAUCUUCUCUAUGGCCACCUUAAAUGUAAUGUCUUGGAAUGUGAGGGGACUAGGUGGUACUAGGAAAUGGAUAGCAGUCUUUUCUCAUGUCCGCAAGUACAAUACACAUAUCCUUGGCCUGUAGGAGACCCAUCUCACCCCAGAAACAGCAGGGAGACUUAAGAAACCAUGGGUGCAAUGGUCGGAACAUGCAUUCGGGAGCUCUUAUUCUAGAGGCGUAUCCCUGCUGAUACACCGCGCUAUUCGUUGGGAGGAGCGGCAGACAGUAGUCGACCCUGAAGGGAAAUACAUCUUUGCCUAUACAUUAACUGCACCCCAUAUAUAGUGUUGAAUAUGUACAAUACAGACCAAAAGUUUGGACACACCUUCUCAUUCAAAGAGUUUUCUUUAUUUUCAUGACUAUGAAAAUUGUAGAUUCACACUGAAGGCAUCAAAACUAUGAAUUAACACAU